AUGUCCGACGAGCCGGCCCCGGCCCCCGCCGCCCCCGAGCCGGCCCCCGGCCCCGAGCCGCCCAAGGAGGCGGCCGAGCACCGGGCGCUGGUGCUGACGGGGCACGGCGGCUACGAUAAGGUGAAGCUGCAGACGCGGCGCGGCGCUGACCCGCGGCCCGGAGAGGUCUCGGUGAGCGUCCGCGCCUGCGGCCUCAAUUUCGCCGACCUGAUGGGACGGCAGGGCGUGUACCCCCGGCUGCCGCCGCUGCCCUUCUGCCCCGGCAUGGAGUGCGCCGGCACCAUCCGCGCCCUCGGCGAAGGCGUCCGCGACCGACAGGUUGGUGAUAAGGUAAUGGUCCUGGCUUUGUCAGGGCUCUGGCAAGAAGUCGUGAAUGUGCCGGUCAAUCAGACUUUCCCAAUGCCUGAGGGGAUGAGCUUCGAGGAAGCUGCUGCUCUUCUUGUUAACUACAUCACUGCCUACAUGAUUCUGUUUGACUUUGGGAACCUGAGACCCAACCAGAGUGUCCUCGUCCACAUGGCUGCAGGUGGUGUGGGAACUGCUGCCAUCCAGCUGUGCAAGACUGUAGAAAAUGUCACCAUUUUUGGCACAGCAUCUGCCUCCAAGCAUGAUUUCCUCAAGGAGAGCGGAGUUGCUCACCCCAUUGACUACAGAACGAUGGAUUAUGCAGAGGAGAUCCGAAAAAUCUCUCCCAAAGGUGUUGACAUUGUCCUGGACCCUCUGGGAGGAUCUGAUACAGCCAAAGCUUUUAACCUGUUGAAGCCAAUGGGUAAAGUCAUCAAUUACGGUGUAGCAAACCUGAUCACUGGGCAGAAGAAGAGCCUCAUGGCUAUGGCUAAAACCUGGUGGAACCAGUUCAGCAUCACUGCCUUGCAGCUCAUAAAUCAGAACAAGGCUGUGUGUGGCUACAAUCUUGGAUAUUUGGAUGAAGAAGUUGAGCUUCUUGGAGGUGUUGUAGCCGAGUUGGUUAACCUUUACACUCAAGGCAAAAUCAAGCCCAAAGUUGACUCUGUAUGGCCCUUUGAUCAGGUGGCAGAUGCUAUGAGGCAGAUGCAAGAAAAGAAGAAUGUUGGAAAAGUCAUCCUGGUUCCUGAAGCACCCAAGGAAGAAUCUAAAAAAGCAGAGAACUAAGGAGAAGAGAUGUAUGCAGAUUAUGAAUUCAUGGUUAAACUCCCUGAUCUCUUUGGGACCAGGAAAUGGACAGAUCAGUAUCUUCCAUCUUUCACCAGUACAAGAACAUCAUGGUUAUCAUUCAGAUGAGGUUUGCAUGCUCUUGUUGUGACUGACCCUUUGCCAGAUAUGCCUCCUGCUCUCUCUUUUGAAGCCUGUUUAUUUCAUACUGUUUUCUAACCACUUGUUUCUCCACUGAAUUUCCAGACUAAACUUAUUUUUCUCUGGCAGUGAGGCUGAACCUUCCAAGCAGUUGGUGACUAACAACUGCACAGCCUGUCACUGUAAAUUCAUGGUGCAGUGUACUGUAACAGCUGCCAAAUAUCUCUGCAGAAACUGAGCCCUGCUGAAGCAUUUGCACUGUCAGCUUUGGGAAGUUUGUUCAGCAGAGGAUUGGCCAAAUGUAGGAUGUUUCCUCCACAGCCAAAGGAUAACCACAGCUAGCCUGGUUUAAUUCGAGCAGGGGUUUCUCUUCUGUUCACAGUAACCCAGCUCUAUUCCCUCUGCUUUUUGUAGGCCACUAACACAGCCAGAUAGUAACAGCUCAUGUUGUUUUUGCCUUGACCAUCCUGGCAAUUUGGAGUCUGUGGCAUAUCGUACUUUAUUUGCAGUCACUUCUCUCUGCAGUCAGUAAAUACCCUGACAGGUUGGGCUGGGCUUUAUCUGACUACAGAAUGAAAGUUUAAUUUAGGUAACCUGAUUCUGUCCAUUUUCUAUUUCCAAAUUGUAUAGAGAGGUCUGAUCAGUGUCUGAUUUUUAGAGACCAUAAGGACUCAACUGUGUCUCAAACGACUGGAACAAUUGAUGUUGGCUCUGUGCUUUAUUAUGUUGGGCUCCAAGUUGGUAUUGUUAGGGCUUCACCCUUGUCUUUGUAUUUCCAAGGGCUGCAGUAUUGAAUUGGACUUCAUUGAGAUGGAAACAAAAUAGUCCCCUGUUAAUGCUUUGUGCAGUGCCCUGUGCACUGAGGAGGUGUUGCAGUUUUUGGGAAGGAACUUUCAAGAGCCAGUCCUGUGGGCUGGCUGCCCAGUAGCCUGGGCUGGCUCUCCCUGUGGCACACUGGUUAGUGAAGCUGUUGUCAGGGUAGCAGGUAGAUGAUAAACAGCCCAGCUGUCAAACCUCUUGACCUGCAGUUUUCUGAGCAGUUUUCUCUUGUGUCCUGGCUCCUUUGCUGUGGCAGGGCUUGACUCUUCUUCCCUUGAAUCUGUGUCUUGGGGCUCCAGCACUGAGGGUUUAGGAGCUGCCUGGGAUGCUCCUCUCUAUGCCAGAACUUCUACUUUUCUUUGCUUGUGUGCAUUUGGAAACAGAGCUUUGUAGAGACCCAAGCCCAGCUCUGUGAGCACCUUGAGUCCUGGGUGAUGCUGUCCUUCCCUGCUUGCAGCCCUGGGUGGCUCUGGUGCUAUCAGUGCUCUCUUGCCAAGGAUUGUAGGUGUGGGGGGGCUUUUGGGCAUCAUUUUGGAUUUGAAGUGGUAAACCCAAGGGCACCAAGAAGAGUUGCCCAUCAUGGAAGAAGUCCUGUUCCAGAAACAAAACCUUGAGACUAGAAUCCUGCUUAACUAGGCCACAGGGAGGGCCCAGGGCCCAAGGAGGGCAGGUACCCACCACAGCCCUACCAGCCAAGAGGGUCCAUGCCACAAAGGGCUGGGGUUCCUCUCUGGUUUCCCCCUCUGCCUGCUCCAGUGGGACUCCUGUCUGUCAGUGCAGCUUGGUUCAGGCGCUUGGGCUCAGUCAGAGUUCUUUAAAAAUGCAAAGGCACAGCUUCCAGGGGUCUUGCCCUGGCUAACUUUAAAUAUUGCAACAACCCUGUUCUCUAGAACCUCAGAGGAGUGCUGGAGUCCUCUCACAGAUCCUUGUCAGUUCAUCUCUUGAACUUCAUAAACACAGGCUGAUGGAACUCUCAAGCACAACUUUUUACCUUUCUGAAUCCAAAAUCUUGCUGCCUCUUUCAACCUGCCCCGUUGUGCUACUUUAGAUUGAAUCCAGCAAUGUCUAAUGCUGCUUUACCAGAUGUGAAAACAGAAGGACUGUCUAAAUUGCUGACACAGAAAGUCUGGACCUCUUCCUCUGAGAAACUGGACUUCACCUUGAUGAAAGGCACAAAGCCCUACACAUCUUUCUGCUCUGCAGGCUGGUAAGAAGGAAAGCUGUUGUGGUGUGUUUCACAGUAACAUCCUCUCCCUGCUUUACUCUGAGGUUUGUGCUCAGUGCCUUACGUGGAUGGCCUUGGGCCAGGUGCUGUGGCAGGGCUCUCACAGACCCUGUGCCCUGUGUGCCACAGCAAACAGCAUCUCGGUGCCUUCUGCUACAUGACUGGGAAGUCACUGGGGCCUUUUCCAUUCUGGCCUUUCAAAGUAUUGCCAAAACCCUCUUUUGAGUCUUAAUAGCUCUGUUUUGUGAAUGCUGGUGAUGUCGUUGGACUUUCUGUGAAUUAGCUGUUCUCCCCAGGUGUUCCAGCCUCUCUGGGGCUGACCUGGUGGUUCUGUACCCCCCAGUCCGUAAGACCUGUUGUAAAGCCCUUGUCUUUCCCAGGGCAGCUGUUUGGCUCCAGAGUGAGCCUUGAGUGAGACUUUAUCAGCUGUUCCUUGGCAGCCUUGGCUCUUUGGAAACAAUCCUAGCUCCUGGCUCUCUUUGGGCUCACAUGUCUUCUACCUAGCAAUUCCUGAAGCCUUUAUCAGGGCAGGAAUGCCAAGCAGUUACUGCCUGUUCGAGUUCAGCACUGGCUAUUUUGUGUCUCUUGAUAGCAACAGUGUUUUCUACAGGAAGACCAAGAUUAAAUGUAACCUUGCAAUCCUCUGCCCCCUGCUCAAUGCUCUGGUCUAGAUGGGUAUGGUUGGUUGUGUUUUGGUUUUUUACUUUUUUUUUUUAAUGGGCCAGUAAGUAUAGAACCUAUGUAAAACAACUCCAAGUGUCUUAAUCAAGUUAACCAGCCAGUUUGUAUACUAAGGACCAAAGCAAAAAAACCAAAAUGAAACCCUAGGAUAAAAAUCAUCCCAUUCAAUGUUGCUUCUUUAGGGCAAAGUUGUGCUACUGAGGAACUGGGAGAUUCCUGUACUUAUCAUGUAUACCAUUCCAGAAGUGCAAUUUAAUGUUUAUUUUACUGAUUGUCUGACUCAAUGGUUGCGCCAUUCCAGAAGUGCAAUUUAAUGUUUAUUUUACUGAUUGUCUGACUCAAAGGUUGUGCCACGAGGAGUCCAAGUUGAAGUGUAAGGAGUUGGUGAGUGGAGGAGGCACCCAGGGCCCUGCCUGCUGCAGGGGGCUCGGUGCCAGUGCCACUUCUGUCACUGCUGUAGUGACCUCCCAGCCUGGUGCUGCUGGCCUUGGACAAAGUGCAACUCCUUUGCUAUCAGCAGGCAGGGGUUGUCACAUUUUUGGCUCCCUGAAGCUCACUUGUGUUGCAAGCUGACUUCAGGAGGGGAAGGGAGCAGAGGUGGCUCUGCUUGCACAGAGGAGUGUGGUCCCUGCCAAGUGCUCUGGGAGGGAGUUCAGCUCUAUGCUUUGUUUCAGACACCUGCAUUAAACUAGAAUUGAUUGGCCAGGGAGAAGUAAAAAGCUCUGUGUGUGUGUCAGGCUUCAGCUAGUGCAGGAUCCUGGCUGCUACCAUAGGUGUUAAACCACUCUGGUUGCCUGAAGUCUCUGGUAUGCUGAGCCCUCGUGAUGGCAAAGUGUUAUUGGCAAGUAGAACAUGAGCAUGAGGUGAAACGUGUUAGACUCUGAGUGAGCCUCUUACAGCAUAUGGUCUGGUCUGUACUGUCUGAUUGUGUUGAUUUGCAGAUUUGUCAUAUGAGUGAUGCUCAUCCUACAGACACAUAGUAAAUCUUUUGUUUAAAAAAUAUAUUUCGCUUUGUAUGUGUAACCAAGUUGGACGGAAGACAACUGUGCCACUGCUGUUUACAUGACUACAAUGUGUACUGCUCCUCUGUCAAAUGUUACCAUAUGCCUUAUGUGUUUCAAAUGUUAAUUAAAAGCAUAACAAAACCUUCCA